AUGAAGUUUUUAUCAGCCUAUUUAUAUUUCGUAUCAGUGUUUACAAGUGUAAAGUGCUCUGGUGCCUUGAGACUAUUAUUCAUGCCCAGAUUUUUCGUAAGCCAAGAAGAGCAACAGUGCGAACCACCCUUAGGUGACGACUGCCUGGAAAUCACCCAGUGCCCGUUUUUCGUCGAUCUCCUGGACAAAACCCCCAUACCCAGACCGAGAAGCAUCAUCAAAAUAAUCAAACAACAUCAGUGCGGCUUCGCAGGUGAGACACCAAAAGUUUGUUGCUUCAGAAAACCAACCACUACAACAACAACUACAACUCAAAGGCCUGCGAGAAGUAUCCUACAACAAUCGACCAUCAGCAAUCUUUACAGCCACAGAAACUUUGAAUUGUUGCCUGUAAACCGAUGCGGUCCGAUUGCAAAUCAAGUUCUAACCAAUCGGAUAACAGCAGGACGUAAAACAAGCCUGGAAGAGUUUCCUUGGAUGGCCCUAAUUGCAUACAACACCCCAGAUGUUGGGAUAGAAUUCCGUUGCGGAGGGACAGUGAUUACGGAAAACUAUAUUUUAACUGCGGCCCAUUGCAUUUUGAAUUCUACACUAAUUGGAGUGCGAUUGGGGGAAUACGACUUGAGCAGUAACAAGCAGGAUUGUGAAGGUUCCUAUUGUGCCCCUCCAGUGCAAGAUUUUUACAUUAAAGAUACUGUAGUACAUUCAGAUUACAAUCCUAAAACAUUUGAUAAUGAUAUUGCUUUGUUGCGUUUGGCUAAUAAUGCAAAUUUUAGCUACUCCAACGUGCAACCUAUAUGUUUGCCUGUAAGUGAAAAAAAUGACGAUUUGACUGGAAAAUUUGCUAUAGUUUCUGGAUGGGGUGUUACAGAAGACGGGCACAAAAGUUCGGUUUUGCUCAAAGCCUCUGUACCCGUGCUGCCUUUGAGCACAUGCCAGAAAAUUUACGAUCGAUUCGCGCCGAUAAAGUCCAGUCAAAUAUGCGCGGGAGGCUACAAAGGGCAGGAUUCUUGUGCCGGAGAUUCGGGAGGACCGCUCAUUUAUACUGGGAUGGUGGAUGGUAGUCCGAGGUAUAUUCAAUACGGAAUUGUGUCUUUUGGACCGAGGGAGUGUGGUACUGAGGGUCAGCCAGGGAUUUAUACUCGAGUUGGUAGUCAUUUGAUGUGGAUUUUGGAUAAUCUUAAGCAAGGUUGA